AUGGCCACCCCCGACCAAGGCCCCUGGCACCUCUCGUCCCCGCAAACGCACGUCUCCCUCACCCACGCCCCCCUCUCCGCAACAGCGGUCCUCGACCAGAUCCGGUCGCCGCGCGCCGGCGCCCUCGUCCUCUUCGCCGGCACGACGCGCGACUCGUUCGCCGGCAAGCCCGUGCGCGAGCUGCACUACAGCGCCUACGCGCCGCGCGCGCUGCGCACCAUGGCCGCCGUCGCCGAGGAGGUGCGCGCGCGCCACGGCCUCGAGGGCGUCGCCGUCGUGCACCGCCUCGGCACCGUGCCCGUCGGCGAGGAGAGCGUGCUCGUUGGCGUGGCGGCGGCGCAUCGGGGGCCUGCCUGGCGGGCGGGCGAGGAGGCGCUCGAGCUCGUCAAGGAGAGGGUCGAGGUGUGGAAGCGGGAGGAGUUCUUUGGGGAGGAGGGCGUUUGGAGGGCGAAUCGGGACGGGGCGCAGGGGGUGUACGAGACGGGGACUCAGGAGAAGAGGGAGGAGAGUGUGUCGGGACAGGGUCAGGAGCAGAAGAGUGAUGUAGUGGCUGAGACGCCAGGACGAGAGGAGAUGGAAACGGCGGGUGAUUCGCAGGUUGGAAGAUAA